ACCACCACCAGAUGACUGUCAGUGCGCAUUUCCAAUUGGCAGGAGGGAGAGUAAACCGAGGAGACCGAUCGGGGAAGAGUGUGUAUGAGAGAGAGGGAGAGAAGCGGGAGUGAGUGUGUUAUAGAGGGAACAGAGUGAGAGACUCCAGCGGAGGGGCGAGAGGUAACUUCACCGAGGUUAUCACUGCGCACUGUCGAGGAGGAGUGAUCGCUUUUUUUUCGCGCAGCAUGUUGAAGCAGGUUACAAAGUGGACUCUGGAUGAACCUUCUGAUUGAAACGCCCGAUUCUCUAAUGGACUGCUGGAGAGCACAGUGAGGCGAGAGCUGUGCCACAGUGGCAAGGAACGGAGACUGGGAAAGAAGCUGAUGCAGAGGGGAAAGUUACCAACUGUGGAGAUGUAUUGCUAACUGCGAGUUUACUGACUGCUCGGACCAUUCUGAGUCGUUUCUUUAAACUGGAUGCUAUUGUAGACGAAUCUCCGGUGAUCCCGAGCCCGGUGCCGCGGUGGACCAUAACCAGCUCAGUCGCAUAGACGGAGCGAGACUCUUUCCAUAGAAUACAAUCAGCGGCAAGAGCAACUAAAAUGUCUUCGUUAUACCUCAUCUUUUGCGUGAUGGUCACAGCAGCCACCCAAGCAGCCUACUUCUCCCAGCAGCCCCAGGACCAGGUGGUUGUAUCCGGUCAGUCGGUGACCUUGCCUUGUGUCAUCGUGGGUUACCGUGGAAUGGUACAGUGGACCAAAGAUGGCCUGGCACUGGGAGGAGAGAGAGAUCUACCAGGCUGGACACGCUAUUCCUUAAUGGGCGACCCGCUAUCAGGCGAGCACAGCUUGCAGAUCGAUUCAGCAGAGUUGGCGGAUGACGCGGUGUAUGAGUGUCAGGCUACACAGGCAGCGCUUCGCUCCCACCGUGCCAAGCUCACUGUACUAGUUCCUCCCUCUGACCCUGUGGUGGAAGGCGGCCCCGUUGUACGUCUCAAGGCCCACACACUGCACAACCUCACCUGCAGAGCCUCGGGAGCCAAACCUGCUGCUGAAAUCACCUGGUACAGAGAUGGAGAAGUCAUGGAAACUGCAAUUUAUUCCAAGUCCCUAAUGGAGGAUAGGAAGAGGGAAACAGCUGUCAGUAUGCUUCCAAUCAUUCCAGAGGACAGUGACUCCGGACGCACCUACACCUGCAGGGUUGUUAACCCAGCUGCCCCUGCUGGACGACAGACAUCAGUCACUAUCAAUGUCCAGCACCCCCCUUCAGUGACUCUGUCAGUCCAGCCUCAGACUGUAACAGAGGGAGCCAAGGUUCUCUUCAUCUGCUCUGCCUCAGCCAAUCCUGAAAUCACUGGAUACAGGUGGUCGAAAGGAGGAGUCCCCAUCUCCGAAGCAAAUGGGGAUAGCCUUGAGGUGACAGUGGACUACUCCUACUUCACAGACCCCGUCUCCUGUGAGGUGUCCAACUCUGUGGGCAGCACCAAUGUCAGCACUCUGGUUGAUGUCCAGUUUGGCCCCAGACUGCUGUCGGAGCCGAAGCCCAUGACAGUGGAUACAGGCAUGGAUGCAGCCUUCACUUGUGCGUGGACUGGAAACCCUCCUCUGACCCUGGCUUGGACCAAGCAAGGCUCCAGUGUGGUGCUCAGUAAUGGUAACACCUUGCAGCUGAAGGCUGUUACUCAGGAGGAUGCUGGCACAUACACCUGCAAGGCCAUUGUACCCCGUAUUGGAGUUGCAGAAAGAGAUGUCACUCUAACUGUAAAUGGUCCACCUAUCAUCACAGCAGAGGCCACACAGCACGCUGUCAAACACUCCAAGGGCAAGCUGGAGUGCCGGGUGGGAAGCAGCCCCCCACCUGAUAAGAUUGUGUGGACCUUUGGGGACAUGAGCCUGUCCUCCGGCUCCUCCGGUCGUUACUCAGUGCAGACAGUAACCAGUGACCACGGAGUCGUGUCGUCUCUGGUGCUAUCUGAGACUCUUUCACAAGAUUUCCAGCUGCGCUACAACUGCACUGCUUGGAACCGCUUCGGCACAGGCACUGCCCUGGUCACGCUGAAGGAGCAAGAAGCACUGCCGAUGUUGAUAAUUGUAGGUGGGGCAGUAGGUGGCGGCUGUGUCCUGCUCAUCUGUGUCAUCACUCUGGUCUCCCUCUGCUGCAGGCACACAGGCAAAGGUGAGCUCAACGGCAAAAGAUGCACUCGUCUUUCCAAGAGUGACAUCAGAGUUCAGAUUGUUCACAGCGAUCACAAUGCUACACGCGGCAACGACGACGAGGAAGAUGUCAAAGAACCCAUGGCUCCAAACAGCAGCGAGUCUCCCGGGACAUCGCGCACAGAACACAGCGACCUCCUGGAAGAGGAGGAGGACGAAAGAUCGGACAUCAAGGAUCCUACCAAUGGUUACUACAAUGUUCGUGGCCACGACGACCGUCAUAUUCGCGGCAGCGGAUUUUCUGAAUACGUGCCCAAUUCUCGGCCGGUCUACACUCCAUCGCAGCUGCCCUCCCCCAGCCCCGUGUACGGUCAGCACGGCACCCAACCCCGUGCCUAUGACUUCUCCCACCGAUACGCAACCACCACAGUGAGCAGAACCUCAUACGAACAGCAGCAAGCUGCCCAGCAGCAGCCUGCCCAGCAGGGGGGAGUUUAUCCCACUGACCCCCUCUACAGUGGCACUGCUUACCUACCUGCUACUUAUGGCCACGCCUUCACCAGUUAUGUUAAGCCUGCUUCCUAUGAGAAGGUGGAUGCGUACGACCAAUCAGAUCAGGCCAGCAAGGUCUCGAGCUCAUCUCGCUUCUCUUACGCCUCGUCACAAGUGUCCUCCCAGCAGUCCGACUAUGGCCGGCCCUCGCAACGUAUGCAGACUCAUGUCUGAUAGGGCCAAAAAAAAAAAAAAGAGUAAAGAAGCAGUGAGUA